CGUGCAGGAGUACGCGUGGCUGCAGGUACCCGGGUGGUGCCGUUGCCACCUCCCGCCUGCUCGCCGGCUGAAGGCGGGCUCAGCCGCCACGGCUGUGCAGCGGAGGUCGUUCCUUAGGGGAAGGGAAGGGGCACCGCUAAUUCCUGCGUGCUUUCCCCCUCCGCCCGCCCGCUCCCGCAGCUCUAGGGGAGCCGCGGGGCUCGGGGUUCUCCGUGCUUUUCUGUGUGCCCGCCCCACGAGCAGGGCGGCCUGCGGCCAUGGAGCGCGCGUUCACGCCGCUGGACUGCCUCCUGCCCGCCGAAAGCCUCUUGACCUUGUAUUGAAAAGCAGAUGGGUUAUUGAAGUCUAGCGCCUCACAGAGCCCAGUCUGCAGUGCUGGAACGCAGGAUUGUUGCUGAACUGUUUGGUUUGGAUUCAGAGUCCCUCCUGAUAGUUGUCAGUAUAGUGAAUAUAUUCCCAAACGGGAGAAGAAAGAGUUGGAAACCUGAAGUUCUGCCUUCUGAUUCUGAACCAGCCUUUCAACAAAGGUCAUUUUCAUUGUCUGUGGAGCAAAGCUGCACUGAGAGCUUGUGCUGAUGGAGGUGCCAAUCGUCUCUAUCACAUCACAGAAGGAAGCCAGGAGAGCUUCUUGCCUGAUUACAUCAGUGGUGAUUUUGAUUCCAUUCAGCCUGAAGUCAAGGAGUACUACAAGGUCAAGGGAUGUGAGUUAAUUGAGACCAUGGAUCAGGAGCUCACAGAUUUCACCAAGUGCCUUCAGAUACUCCAGAAAAAGAUAGAGAAGAAGGGCCUCCAGAUUGAUAUGAUUGUGACUUUGGGUGGACUUGGAGGACGCUUUGACCAAACAAUGGCAUCAGUGGAAACGCUUUUUCAUGCAACAAAUAUCACUCCUUUUCCAGUGAUAGUUAUCCAGGAGUGCUCGCUGAUUUACCUGCUUCAACCUGGCAAGCACAAGCUGCAUGUGGACACGGGACUGGAAGGCGCCUGGUGUGGCCUCAUCCCCAUCGGGAACUCCUGCGAGAGCGUGACCACGACGGGCCUCAAGUGGAACCUCACUAACCAGGUGCUGAAGUUUGGAACGCUCGUCAGUACUUCCAACACCUAUGACAACUCCGGCAUUGUGACCAUCGAGACGGACAAGCCUUUGUUGUGGACAAUGGCUAUCAAAAGAUAAGAUCGGCUACAGCUGCCUUUUCUGAUCUGACUCAGCUCAAAUUACUGCAAAAUUUCACUGAAUUAAGACAAUAAAGCUGUUGCAAAAGAUAUAAGCAAGCACUGAUUUUAUGUACUGAAUGGAAAACAAGUCUGAAAUAAAACUCACUUGAGAUCAAAUAAAGAUUAGUAGCAAUAACUGA